AUGAGUACACCGGGCCACCCGCCCGGCCGCUUGUCACACUCGCGCUCCACAGGACACUCCCUCGGCCUCCUCCUCCGCAGCUCUUUCACACCACCCCAUCCCACGGUCGACCGAGGUGCGUGCAGAGGCAUGAGGGGCUCGCGGUGGUGCUGCUGCUGCUUCGGCCGGGGCGGCGGCGGCGGGGCCGGGCGGUCGGGGAGCGUGGGCGACGACGGGCUGGUGUGGGACGUGGGCCUCAAGGCGCACGCCUCCGGCGAGUACUCCGUCGCCGUGGCCCAGGCCAACGAGGCGCUCGAGGACCAGGCGCAGGUGCUCGUCUCCCCCGCCGCCACGCUCGUCGGCGUCUACGACGGCCACGGCGGCCCCGACGCCGCCCGCUUCGUCAACGCGCGCCUCUUCUCCCUCAUCCAAGAGUUCGCGUCCCAGAGCGGGGGCAUCUCGGCGCAGGUGAUCAAGAGGGCCUUCGGCGCCACGGAGGAGGAGUUCAUGGGCAUGGUGGAGAGGUCGUGGCCGUCGCAGCCGCGGCUCCUGUCCGUCGGCUCCUGCUGCCUGGUGGGCGCCAUCGAGGGCGGCACGCUCCACGUCGCCAACCUCGGCGACUCGCGCGCCGUGCUGGGCCGCCUCGCCAGCGCGGGCGGGAAGAAGCGGAGGGCGGUGGUGGCGGAGCGGCUGUCGCGGGACCACAACGUGGCCGACGAGGAGGUGCGGCGGGAGGUGGCGGAGGCACACCCGGACGACCCGCACAUCGUGAUGAGCAGCCACGGCGUGUGGCGGAUCAAGGGGAUCAUCCAGGUGUCCCGCUCCAUCGGGGACGCCUACCUGAAGCGGCCCGACCUGUGCAGCCCGGCGGUGAUGCAGUCGCUCUGCCCGUUCCCGCUGCGCCGCCCGGUGAUGAGCGCCGUGCCGUCGGUCACGUCCCGCAGGCUGCGCCCGGGCGACCAGUUCAUCAUCUUCGCGUCCGACGGGCUGUGGGAGCAGCUUAGCGACGAGGCCGCCGUGGGCAUCGUGUCACGCAGCCCGAGGAAGGGCGUGGCGAUGCGGCUGGUGCGCGCCGCGCAGCUGGAGGCGGCCAGGAAGAAGGACAUCAAGUACGAGAGCAUCGCGGCCAUCGAGAAGGGCCGGAGAAGGCGCUUCCACGACGACAUCACCGUCGUCGUGCUCUUCCUCGACACGCCGCAGCCGACAGCCGGCGCCGGCGGGAUCGACGGCACGCGCGCGCCCGUCGACGUGUUCUCGCUCGGCCCCGACGACCACGGGGACGACCCGACCAGGCCCGUGCUGCGCUGA